AUGAACUUCCGACCCGACGAUGAUGAUGACAGCGACGAUGAAAUCGACCCCUUUAAGUCCGCAAUGCUCCCCCCUCAACUUCAAGAAGCAGCUGUAACAGUAGACCAGGAAAACCAAUUGCAAAAUGUUGAGGAGAGCAAGUAUUACUUGGCUUCAAUUGCUUCCAAUCUUGUCAUCAGACAAGUUCCAUCUGAAGGCAUCUCUUUCCAGCUCUGGCCUGCUGCAACUACUCUUGUUACCCUUCUCGAUAACCUCAUCCGUCAUCCUGAGAUCCCCACCGAUGGUGCCCUUUCCAAGUUGUUUGAGACUAAAGAUGGCAAUCGUCCCCUUCGCAUCUUGGAGCUCGGAUCAGGGACGGGUCUUGUUGGCAUUGCUGCUGCUGCGGUGUUGGGUGCUAAUGUCACAGUCACCGACCUACCUCGUGUGAUACCCAACCUCCGUUUCAACAUUGAGGCUAACUCCGAAAUCCUUAAAAUCAACGGUGGAGAAGUCAUCCCAGCAGCACUUUCUUGGGGGGAAACAGGGCACAUGGAAGCUCUCGGCCGAGAUUAUGAUCUAAUGUUAGGCUCUGAUUUGGUGUAUCAUGAUCAUCUUUACGCGCCUUUGAUUGAGACUGUAAAGUGGUUCUUGUUGGGAAAUGGAGGGAAGGAACUAGUCUUCGUUAUGGCUCAUUUAAAGAGGUGGAAAAAGGAAUCAGCUUUCUUCAAGAUGGCGAAGAAGCUUUUCGAUGUACAAGUUAUUCACACUGACCCUCCUUUGCCCGGCACUAGAGUUGGAGUCGUCGUUUACAAAUUUGUCGGAAGGGGUACUUUUCCAAAUGGAAAUUCUGAGCUCCGUUGA